AUGCUGGAGCUAUCGCUUUCACCCAAGGAAAGACUCACCCAUUUGCUAAAGUACUCGCGCCCAACCGGAGUAAAUAAGCGAUUGAGAAGCUACGUCGUCAGCCGAAAGAUUGGAGUUGGAGAUGGCCUGUCGCAGGACGAGGAAGUGCGACUGCGUGAAGAAAAGGCUCAAAGUGUCAGAGACGAAAAGCGACAGCUGAUGAAGAAGAAGAAUCGGGUAAGUCCUGAUCAGAUANGUUUUUGGAGUUUUAUUAUUAUUUUUCCUGAAAGAGACAAGUUUGCAGGGAGAUGGCUUGUCGCAGGACGAAGAAGUGCGACUACGCGAAGAAAAGGCUCAAAGUGUCAGAGACGAAAAGCGACAGCUGAUGAAGAAGAAGAAUCGGGUAAGUCCUGA